AUUUAUUUAUUAUCUGAGUCUGGCGCUCAUCUCAUAAAUGAAACAAAGAACAAUAUAAGUAUUGAUAUUGAAAAAUCAAAGUCCCACGAGACUCGCUGAUCUGCUCUUUCUUCGCCUCCUUACUUCCGAAUCUCCAUUUUUCGUGCUCCUUGAGCUUCAAACCUUACUCCAAGAUAUUGGAGGUUUUAAUACUCAAUGGACGGUAUAGGAGGUGAAACUGCCUCAGCGGCAGCACCAUUGAGUCAGUGGCAACAUGAUAUUUCAAGGCUUUAUCAAUAUUAUCUGGAUAAGACUACCCCACAUACUGUCUACAGAUGGAUUGGAACCCUUUUUGUAGUGGCAAUUUAUGCUUUGAGGGUCUACUAUAUUCAAGGGUUCUAUAUUGUUUCAUAUGGUUUGGGUAUCUAUAUACUCAAUUUGUUGAUUGGAUUUUUGUCGCCCUUGGUUGACCCGGAGAUGGAAGUUUCGGAUGGACCGUUGCUGCCAACUAAAGGUUCAGAUGAAUUCAAGCCGUUCAUUCGCCGACUUCCAGAGUUUAAAUUUUGGUACUCUUUUACAAAGGCCUUUUGCAUUGCCUUCGUAAUGACCUUCUUUUCCAUAUUCGACGUGCCCGUCUUCUGGCCUAUCUUACUUUGUUACUGGAUUGUCCUUUUUGUGCUGACAAUGAGGCGUCAGAUUUCACACAUGAUCAAAUACAAAUACAUUCCAUUUAGUCUUGGAAAGCAGAAGUACGGUGGGAAGAAACCUUCUGCAGGUAGCAGUAUCUCCAACAACGAUUGAUUCAUGGCUCCCUAUUAUUUACAGCAAUUAGUGCAAGUACUGGAGGGAGGAAGAAAUUAGAGAUUUGGAUAUUCAUAGUAGCAGCAAAUUUUUUCAUUGAAACUUGUAGUUAAGUUUGCAUAUGGAUUUACAUCAUUGAUGAUAUGAUGCACAACACAUGGCUAUGCCAAAUCCUUUAUGAUAACUGAAGAACUGCUGUUGUAGAAAUUCCCAGUUUAAUACCGGUUCGUUCGUUUGUUCGUUCUUCGCAGGAUGCCAUUUGAAAUUUUUGUUUCCUGUUUUCGAUUCCCCCUCCCACCCUUUUUUUUGCCCUGCUGUGGAAAAUUUAAGCUGAUUGUUGCAGUGUUCUUGUAGAAUUCCCCAAUCAUGCGUGGGUGGGAACUUUGUGUGAUUAUAUUGAUGAUGUUGUUGAGAGU